GGAUUCGGGCCUUAUGGGUCCUCGAUGGAACUGAAGAUCUAAAGUAUUUGGGAGCCUGGGAAGGCAGGAAACCCAAGAUUUUGUUGGGGUGGGGAGGGAGUCCCAUAGAGAACUCCGCCUCCUCGCAAAACUAGGACCCUAAAGGUUUUCCCCUAAGCGAACUUUUUUUUUUUUUUUUUUUUUUGCCCUGGAUAAACCGCCUGUCCUCUCGACACGUACCUUCUCAAAUAGCAAGUAGCAAAUCCUCCUACUUUGCAAGUAGCAAAAAGAGGGCGAGGGCAUGAGGGCAAAGAACCAGACCCCGGUUCUUUCUUGCACUCCCCACUAUACCUACCCCACCCCACAACUGGGGUCUGUAAGAAUAGGGCUGUGCACAAAUGAGGCGUUCCCUCCUAGUUCUGCUCCCUGCCCAGACUAAAGGGCAGCUGGGAGGGAGCCUCUCCGUCCUGGAUUGUGGUGACAGCAGGCUAGGUCUGUUGCUGCUGGCCCAACACGCAGUUCAGUUUCCACCUCCAUGGAUGCUAGAGAAACUCAGGGCCAGUCUAAGCUGUGGUCCAUGAACUUUGCCUUUGGUGUGCCAGCAGAUAGAGGCUGAACAAAAUGCGGGUGUGGAAGCCCAUGCAAGGAAAGCGUUAGUGAACAAGACAGCCAUCCUGCCAUCCUGCCUUCCAGCUUCAGCUUCCUGGUCCCCUGGCUUUGCUAGCACUUUGGAUGGGAAACAGAAUGCAACUAGGGGCCGCCAUUCCGCCUUCAGAAUGCCGGAGGGCCCAGAGCUGCACCUUGCCAGCUGCUUUGUAAAUGAGACAUGUAAGGGGCUGGUAUUUGGCGGGUGUGUGGAGAAGUCCUCUGUCAGCCGCAACCCCGAGGUGCCCUUUGAGAGCAGUGCCUACCACAUCUCAGCCGUAGCCCGAGGCAAGGAGCUGCGCCUGACUUUGAGCCCCCUGCCUGGUGCCCAGCCCCCUCAGAAGCCGCUGUCCCUUGUCUUCCGCUUUGGUAUGUCUGGAUCCUUCCAGCUGGCACCUGCAGAUGCACUGCCACCCCAUGCCCAUCUACGUUUUUACACGGCCCCACCUGCCCCCCGGCUUGCCCUCUGUUUCGUGGACAUCCGCCGUUUUGGCCACUGGGAUCCUGAGGGUGAAUGGCAGCCAGGCCGUGGACCCUGCGUCUUGCUGGAGUAUGAACGGUUCAGGGACAAGGUACUUCGGAACCUAUCAGACAAAGCCUUUGACCGGCCCAUCUGUGAGGCCUUGUUGGACCAGAGAUUCUUCAAUGGCAUUGGCAACUAUCUGAGAGCAGAAAUCUUGUACCGGCUGAAGAUCCCCCCUUUUGAGAAGGCCCGCACAGUUCUAGAGGCUCUGCAGCAGUCCCGGCCGAGCCCAGAGCUGACCCUGAGCCAGAAGAUCAAGGCCAAACUGCAGAACCCAGACCUGCUGGAACUGUGUCACUUGGUACCCAAGGAAGUGGUUCAGCUGGGUGAGGCCUGGGAAGCCAAGAUGGCCAGUGUUCUCUGCUUUAGCUCUGUGAGAUACUGGGCAGCUAUCCUCUUGACCCUGGAGAAUGGGAGUUUGCUAAACAGACCAGGGGGCAAAGGCUAUGGGCCAGAGCGUGGAGAGGAGGAUUUUGCUGCCUUUCGAGCCUGGCUGCAGUGCUAUGGCAUGCCAGGCAUGAGUUCCCUGCGAGACCGGCACGGCCGUACCAUCUGGUUCAAGGGUGAACCUGGACCCUUGGCACCCAAAGGGGGCAGAUCCCGGAAAAAGAAGUCAAAGGAGACACAGCUGGGGGCCGAGGUCAGAAAAGAGGACCUUCCGCUUUCGAGUAAGACCAUUUCCAGGACUCGGAGGGACAGGAAACACGCCCCUAAGAGUAUAGCUCAACAGUCUGAAGGGACCAGCCUCCAACAAAACCAGGAAACCCCUACAGCCCCCAAGAAAGGAAAGAGAAGGGGGCGACUGGCAGCCACAGGUCGCCGCAGACCCCCUAAGAGUAAGGUCGAUACCCGAUCCCAGGAGGCCUCAUAGAGGGAGGUCUCCUUGCUUGGCACUCCUUUCCCUGCUGCCUUGCUGUGGAUCUAGGGGCAUGUCUGAUCCCCUGGAUCCCCUGGAAGCAGUAUUUGUCGGGCUGUAUGCCCUAGGCCAUCUGACUUUUCCUGUACAGCUGUUUUUUGAAGCAGGGUCUCAUGUAUCUUAGGCUGGCCUUGAGCUGGGAUGUACCCCAGGAUGACAAUGAACUCCUCACUGAUCUUCAAGCCUUCAUUUCCAUACCAUAAUUGCUAGGUUACAGGUGUGAGCCACCUGACCCUGCUAACUGAUUUUUCUGUUAUUGUCUUUUUAACGGUUUCUCUAUGGAGCCCUGGCUGUCCUGGAACUUAAUCUGUAGACCAGGCUGGUCUUGAACUCAGGAUUAGCCUGCCUGCCUCUGCCUCCCGAGCACUGGGAUUAAAGGUGUGCACCACCACCA